AUGACCAACGCGGACGUCAAUGCCACGCUUCUUCCUACUGACAAUGUCAACACCAUGUCCAAAUCUCUCUCCUCACUUCAUUUGGCCGAUGCUCCGUCGUCAAUGAAAACCAAGAAAGACACCGCUUCAUCACAGCAGUAUACCGUCGCCGAUCAAGCAGUUCGCCAACUGCUGUUGAAACUGGACGAGGGAGCACAAACGAUUGCCAAUUUACGCUCUAUUUUGGCACUGAAAACAGCCGAACUGAAUGAACUGCUUGCUCAAUUAGACAUGACCAAUCAGGUCAUUGUCAAUGUAGAGGAAUCUACCGUGCAAAUUGAGAACAUGUUAAAAGAAAUGGGCAUUACAGACGAAACUCAGGACCGUCAAGCCUUGUUGCUGAAUGCCGAAGCCAGUUUGCACUCGGCCAUCAAGUCGGCCAACAGUCUUUAUGCAGCCGAAAGCGAUGCAUGGAGUGCGCAGCGUAGGUACGUUUUGCGACGACCUUCUGCGGGAACGAGCAACAGUGGUAUCGAUCCAGAACCGCGCCAGCCAACCCACUCCAAGUUCCAAUCGAAAAUCCGAUACAAGCCUGACAGCAAACCUAUUCUACGUAAACUCAAUGAGUUGCUGCGUCAUUUGGAACUCGAUUCUGGAAAAUUCUUUGAAAGCAUUGGCAAUAUCAAUGAUGUCCAGGCGUUGCAAAAAGCCUAUGUGGAUCUAGACAUUGCGAAAACCAUUUCGUUAUCGGCUAAAAGCAACUUUAAGAGAAGAACCAUUCUACUUAAAAGUGCUAGAAGACGCAACAUCUUGGAAGAAGUCAAAAUGCUUGGGGCAAAGAUAAGAGAAGGCGAAGCAUUGUGGAAAACUUAUGCAAGAAAUGCACCCAUGUUGAUCGAUGGUCAGGAUAUUAUUGCCACCCUUAAUCGAGAAGACGAGCUUUUAGCCAAGAACUUACCUGUCCAUCCUUCGCGUCUUUCGUAUGACAGUCAUGUUAGACGAUCCCCUUCCAUUUCUUCCUCCAGUCACGGUAUGAAACCGAGUCUAUCAUCACGAUCGAACGAAUCGACCGCUUCGUCUACACGCACUACUGCUACGCAUCGUCCUUCGCACAGUCGAUCACCAUCAAUUCAGUCGGACAUUUCGUUGAUCCCACCGCCACCGUCUCAAACCGCCUCCCCUCGUACAAGUAUGUUAGCCGGUAGCCAUAACAAGAAAUUGUACCGUCACUCCGUCGGUGCACGGCCAAGUCCGGCCAAGGUGAUUGCCACGAACCCGACAGGACCACGAGUAAGAACGACCUCCAUAACCGCCCAUAAACCCAGUCCCACCACGAUCAAACCUCCCACAAGUACAAUCACCAAACCUAAAGAGCACAUCUCCUCCAUCCCCACACCCGUUUCUUCUUCUAUCCAACAUGACUCAACUAUGACCACUGUGGCCAAGAAAUCGACCACCGCCAAAUCAAACCAGCAACGCGGCCCUGGAUCCACACUUCGACUACGAAGUGUGCUUGCUAAACGACAGAAUACCCUCGCUAAGCCGUGA